GGGGAGCGCAGUGCCGGUGCUCCCGCCGCUCCCGGUGCUCCCGCCGCUCCCGGUGCUCCGCGUCCCUUUGCUGCCCCGCGCCCCGACGCCGACACUCCGCCACCAUGGAGGCCAUCAAGAAGAAGAUGCAGAUGCUGAAACUGGACAAGGAGAAUGCCAUCGACCGCGCCGAGCAAGCGGAGGCUGACAAGAAGCAGGCGGAGGACCGCUGCAAGCAGCUGGAGGAGGAACAGCAGGGCCUGCAGAAGAAGCUGAAGGGCACCGAGGAUGAGGUGGAGAAGUACUCUGAGUCUGUCAAGGAGGCCCAGGAGAAGCUGGAGCAGGCGGAGAAGAAAGCUACAGAUGCUGAGGCUGAAGUGGCUUCCCUCAACCGCCGUAUCCAGCUGGUAGAGGAAGAGCUGGACCGAGCCCAGGAGCGCCUGGCCACUGCCCUGCAGAAGCUGGAGGAAGCUGAGAAGGCGGCUGAUGAGAGCGAGAGAGGCAUGAAGGUCAUCGAAAACAGGGCCAUGAAGGAUGARGAGAAGAUGGAACUCCAGGAAAUGCAGCUGAAGGAGGCAAAGCACAUAGCAGAGGAGGCUGACCGCAAAUAUGAGGAGGUCGCCCGCAAGCUGGUCGUCCUUGAGGGAGAGCUGGAGCGCUCAGAGGAGAGGGCAGAGGUGGCAGAGAGUAAAUGUGGUGACCUAGAGGAGGAGCUGAAAAUUGUCACCAACAACUUGAAGUCCCUGGAGGCCCAGGCUGACAAGUAUUCCACCAAGGAGGAUAAGUACGAGGAGGAAAUCAAGCUUCUAGGGGAAAAACUGAAGGAGGCUGAGACCCGUGCGGAGUUUGCAGAGAGAUCUGUGGCGAAGCUGGAGAAAACCAUUGAUGACCUAGAAGAUGAAGUGUAUGCGCAGAAGAUGAAGUACAAAGCCAUCAGCGAGGAGCUGGACAAUGCACUUAACGACAUCACCUCCCUCUGAGCCCCACGCUGGGCACCAGCACUGCACCCACUCCCUGCCUGUCUCUCCCCUCCCCAGCUCGGCUGUUUGCCUGCCUUGCCAUCCCACCUCUCUCCCUACCCUCUCUGUCCUCUGUCCUACCUAGCCUGUGCCUGUCCAUCAGCUCCUUUGGGACAGGAGCUGACCGGGGUGUUCCCGCUGUACCCCUCUUUGGGGAGACAAGAAGUAGGUGCUUAGAGCUGUUUGUUCAGGGCAGGAGAGCAGCCCCACAUACUGACUGGACAGUGUAGUUGUAGGCCCAUGCCACAGCAUUGCCCUGGGGAUCAGGACUGUGCCCAGAAGCCCUUUGUUCCAGCAGCUCCCUCCUUGGCUCCCCAGCAGCAGAAGCACUGGGGACCCUGCAGCUCCGGGGCUGGGGAUAUAUACUUCCAGCAUAUACUUCCCCAUGUACUUCCAGCAAAGUCUCCCGGUGCUGUUUGCUGGCCCCAGCAUGGGGAUGACCUGCAUUGGGGAAGCGGUACCUCCACUGCCAAAGCUCAGGCCUGGGGGAUAGAGGGUUGGAUCCAACUGUGCAGACACCCUGUUCCCCGGCAGGCAGGCGACCCCACUCCUCCCUCACCCUACUGUCCUUUGCACAUUGCUCUUCAGUUUGCAUCUCAUGACUUUUCUUUUGUGUUCUGUCCCUCUGGGUUAAUGAGUUGAUAUCAAUAAAAUUUUAACAUUGGUUUCUCCUUUGUUUUCUUCAUGCCACUCUAUCCCUCAUCUCCUGCCUGUCUCAUGUGGGUACUGUCAGCAGCAUGGUAGGAGGGGGUUGCAGGCAGCUCACAGCCAUGGGUCCCCAGGGUGACCAUGGGGGCUCCUGUGCUGCCAGGCUGAGCGGGAUGGGGCCAUUGUGUUGACCCGAGCCACCCUCUGACUCUUCUACACAGCUUUCCUCAUCUCAUGCAGUCUUCCCCAUGAGUCUUUUGGUGUCAAAUAGCAGGGUUAGACCUGGUUCUGUCCAUUCCCUCUCUCCACUCCCUGACACUGCCUGCAAAUAGCAAUCUCAGCCUUGUCAUGGCUCCUGCAUCAYCUCUUGGUGAAGGGACUGGCACUAUCCUUCAGCAAUGAUCUCCUGUGAUCCCUAAAUUGGUCCUGAUUCCCCUUCUCUUUCCUCACCACCCUGUCAUGUCCCAGAACCCAGUUUCUAAACUGUUGGACCUAUAGCCUUGUCCCUUGCACCAAAACUGGGUGACUCCUCCUGCCRGUCCAGCUGUAUCCCACCACUGGCUCGGUGGCUUGUGGUAUUUCCAGUGAAGGCUUUCAGAAAUGCUGUCUCUUUUUACUAACUCACUUUUCUCUCUCUCUUUCCUCUGCUGCGUUGAUGUCUCCAUUUUCUCUAGAGCGCUCUCAGCAGGAGGCCGAGAAAAACCGURUUCUCACUAACGAGCUGCGGGUCAUCCUUACUGAACUUAACAACUGAGCUGCUCAGAGCUCCUGGCCCCACUCUAGCCUCCCUGCCCCCUUUUGCUCAGGCUGGCUCAGGGCUGGGAGCCCCUUCCCACUCCCCACUGGGGUAAGGCAGGGUGUGAAGCCUUGCCUUAUCCUCACAGGGGUAAUGACCCUGCUUGAGUGGAACAGGGAGCCCCUCUGGAGUUGAUCRGUUUUUUGUGGGAGAGAUAUGAGGGGUUUUGUGAUGUCCUGGGAUGCCCAUGUAGUGAUGGCUUCCUCUGGCAUCAUCCUGAUUCUGCUGGGGAGGGAUGCAGUGGUUUGUAUUGCUGCCUUCCUCCCCUUGUCCCAGGAGUCGCUGGGCAGCCUCUUCCUCCUCACUCUGGUCACCUCAAACAGUGCAGGGAGGAUCCCUUAGAAAGGUUAUAGGGUGCUGGGAAGGCUGGAAUAGGAGAUGGGAACCCAGCAGCACCCCACCCACUGCCCCAGAAGGGACAGGGAAGMGCUAACAGGGCACACUGUGAGACGGGGCUGGGUGAACAGCUGUCAUGUUCCACCCCAUCUCUGGGAGAAGGAGGAUGCCAUUUGGAAGUGAACACCAGAGGGAGGCUGCCUUGGCAGCAGGCUGCCUGGCAGAGCUUAUCAUUGCAGCCUUGUUAGCUCUGCUCCUUAUCUCUCUGUUGUCCUCUGCCCACUCUUCUGGGCUGUUAAUGGGCUGUUUUCUCACUCCUUUUCUUCACGGAGCACUGCUGGGUCAUGCAGCAGGCAUUGGUUCUCGCUUACGCUGGCCAAGGGUUUGUGCAUGUGCCCACAGCUGGCCAGUGGUGAUGCCCUGGUGUCUGGCCAAAUAAUGGUACUUGCCAGUGGCACCUGCGCUGUGGGRUGCUCAGCCAUGGGCAAUGGGGCACCGGGGGAAGAUGGAAAUGUUGAAGAGUGGUAACUGCCUGCCCCAGUGACCAGCCUGACUGGCCUGGCUUCCCUGGCAGGUCCCAGGGUGGCUGGAC